CCGGCUUAGUUGUCGGCCCUAAGUACUCCUGGCGGGUGCUUCCGUCCGGACGCCGUUCCGUACUACUGGGUGAGGGAACGGAGGGGCCCCCUACCUGCCUGCUGGCCCCGGAAUGGCCCCCAAAGGCCCAGAGUCGGUGGAGGGGCUCCGCGUCGCCGGCAACCAGAGCUUUCGCAACGGCCAGUUCGCCGAGGCCGCCGAGCUCUACAGCCGCGCGCUGCGGGUGCUGCAGGCGCAAGGUUCUUCGGACCCUGAAGAAGAGAGUGUCCUCUACUCCAACCGAGCAGCAUGUCACCUGAAGGAUGGAAACUGCACAGAUUGCAUCAAAGAUUGCACCUCAGCUUUGGCCUUGGUUCCCUUCGGCAUGAAGCCCCUGCUGCGGCGGGCAUCGGCCUACGAGGCUCUGGAGAAGUACCCCCUGGCCUACGUUGACUACAUGACGGUGCUGCAGAUUGAUGACAGUGUGACGUCAGCCUUGGAAGGUACCAACAGAAUGACCAGAGCGCUCAUGGACUCGCUGGGGCCUGAGUGGCGCCUGAAGCUGCCCACUAUCCCCUUGGUGCCUGUGUCUGCGCAGAAGCGGUGGGACUCCUUGCCUUCAGAAAACCACAGAGAGACAGCUAAAAGCAAGCGCAGAGAAGCCACAGCUGCACAAAGCAGAGUGCCUUCUGCUGGGGAUGUGGAGAGAGCCAGAGUUCUGAAGGAAGAAGGCAAUGAGCUUGUAAAGAAGGGAAACCAUAAGAAAGCUAUUGAGAAGUACAGUGAAAGCCUCUCGUUUAGUAACCUGGAAUCUGCCACGUACAGCAACAGAGCGCUCUGCCAUUUGGUCCUGAAGCAGUACAGAGAAGCAGUGGAGGAUUGCACAGACGCCCUCAAGCUGGACGGGAAGAAUGUGAAGGCAUUUUAUAGACGAGCUCAAGCCUACAAGGCACUCAAGGACUAUAAAUCCAGCUGUGCAGACCUCAGCAGCCUCCUGCAAAUUGAGCCCAGGAACGGCCCUGCACAGAAGUUGCAACAGGAAGUUAACCAGAUCUUAAACUAAAACCCGAAGGGCAGCAGGAAACCUCUGCCUGACCUCCUUCCUCUGUGCCUGCUCCUGGGGCCCAGCACAGCUCCUCAGCCCCUCAGAGGCAGUGGCCCCCACCCCUUCAGAGGCUUUGCUUAUUCAAAUUAAGCUCAGUGUAGUCAAGCACAGAUGCUGGUUUGCUGGAAAGGUCCCCAUUAGCGCUGAAGCCCCGUUCCCCGGCCGCACAUCACGCAAAUUGGGCCUUGCCAGCAAAGCAGCCAACUCUGCCCUGCCCCAGGCAUGUUCCAGAUCAAGCGCUGCUCCUUUAGCUUCACCAGAGCCUCACUGUGGUUGCUCUGAGAGGGGGGGCUGAAGGGGCAAGGGCUAACUGGGAAGCCCUGGCCCAGCAAGGCAGCCUGGUGAGCUGGUUCUCUAGGGCUGCUGGCCCCCGAGUUCUGAGCCCAGUGCCUCUUGGUGGGCUCCCUUUGCCCCCUCUGGUGGGGUGAGAGGCCCUGCCCCGUGGAUGGCUCAGUCGUGGCUCCGUGCUGCUGCCUCCCGCAUGGAGGGGCCUGAGCUGUUCCAGAGCCGGCGGCUGGCCCUCUCCGAAGGUGGAUGGGAGGCGGCCUUGGCCCAGGCAGGGGCUGCCCCUGACCCAGCAGUCUUCUUUGUGUGAUGUUCAGUUUCACCUGCCUCCCGUUCUGUUGCGCUGUGUGAUUAAGCUCUUGCAUUAAAGUCUUCUACAGCAGUGUCUGUUACACUUUCAUUUUGCUGUUUUAGCUUUGUGCUUGGAACUUUGAAGUUAUAAUAAAUCUGUUUAUUGA